AUGGACGAUAGCUGUGCGGUGUGUGCGGAGGUGUUGGAAUGGGUGGCGUACGGGGAGUGCGGCCACAAGGAUGUCUGCUCAACUUGCGUCGCUCGCCUCCGAUUCAUCUGCGACGAUCGCCGCUGCUGUAUUUGCAAGACCGCGUCAAACGUCGUCUUUGUCACCAAGGCUCUAGGAGAUUACACCAAUGCGAUAAGCGACUUUUCAGUAUUUCCAUCAGAAGUGAAAGAGGGUAGAGUGGGGAAAUACUGGUACCAUGAGGACACACAGGCAUUUUUUGACGACUCGGAUCACUACAAGAUGAUCAAGGCCAUGUGCAGGCUUUCUUGCAGUGUGUGUGAUGAUAAUGAGGGACAGACUGAGGAUGGAACCAGGAGAAAGCCAAAGUUUAGGAACAUUGAGCAUCUUAAAAGUCACUUGUUUCAUAAGCAUAAGCUAAUCAUGUGCAGCUUGUGCUUGGAAGGACGGAAGGUUUUUAUUUGUGAGCAAAAGUUAUACACUAGAGCACAACUGAAUCAGCAUAUAAAGACUGGUGAUUCUGAGGUGGAUGGAACUGAAAGUGAAAGAGGUGGUUUCAUGGGGCAUCCUAUGUGUGAAUUCUGCAGGACCCCUUUUUACGGAGAUAAUGAGCUGUACACACACAUGUCCACUGAACAUUACACCUGUCAUAUUUGCCAAAGGCAGAAUCCUGGACAAUUUGAGUAUUACAAGAAUUACGAUGACUUGGAGGUGCACUUCCGCCGAGAUCAUUUCUUGUGUGAAGAUGAGGCAUGCCUCGCCAAAAAGUUCACUGUCUUCCAAUCUGAACCUGAAUUGAAGAAGCACAACGCUUUGGAGCAUGGAGGUCGUAUGUCACGUUCACAACGCAGUGCUGCUCUUCAGAUACCUAUCAGUUUUCGAUAUCGGCGUAGUGAACAAGAAAAUCGCCGUGGAAGGGGACGAAUGUUCCACCGUGAUACUUCUGAUAGUGAACUCUCAAUGGCAAUCCAAGCAAGUCUUCAGACAGCCAGUUCAGAUGGUAGAUUUCAUGUCUCACCGUCUAGUUCCAAUGGAGUUACUGGUCAUGGAGACAUUAGUGAUGUCGAGUCACUUAUUCCACCUCUUGAAUCGUUAGCUACGACAGAUGCUGAGCCAACUUCAAGAUACCUUCAAGCUGUGUCACAGAAUGCAAGAAAUUCAACACUCAAAGAGUCUUUGUUUCCUCCACUCUCAGUGGCUCCAGGAGGUAGUCAACGAGAUUCUCAACCGGAUAAUUUACCAAAGAACACUAUGGCUGCACGACUCCGACGCCAGAGCAAUAGAAAAGUUGAUGCCUCUAGUUCUGCUGUGGCCUGGCCAGCUUCAAGCCGUAUGCCUGCCCGACCAGCUACUACUUCAAAUGCAUGGCCCGCGAUAAAUACUGCUUCCGGGUCAGCAUCUAGCUCUGGCCAGUCUAAACUAGCACCAGCACUUGCAAAAUCAACAAUUAAUCCUCAUGCACGGCCUGCAAUAAAUACUGCUUCUGGGUCAGCAUCUAUCUCUGGCCAGUCUAAACGUGCAACAGAAAAUAGAGCUGUUCUAUCUAGUUAUCCAAGUUCUGCUCAAGCUCAACCCUCGUCAAUUCACGAUUCAUCAUUUGCGGGUUCUUUAAGUUCUUCCAGGAAUAGUGGAAACACUGGUCGGAUCAGUGAUUCCUCAUCAGCGCCUAAUCUUUCUCAGAGUGGAUCUUUUGACUCUUCAAAUUCUGAUUUUCCUCCAGUUUCUGUAGCGCACACUAGCCAGCAACCUGCCGGUGACCAAGUUGUUUUGAAGGUGGAAGAUGUUCACAGUGCAAACAAAUCUUUGGUUGAGAAAAUGCAUUCUGCUCUAGGGUUUGACGAAGAGAAAUACACUGCUUUUAAAAAGAUAUCUAGUGAAUUUCGUCAAGGUUUAAUGGACACAGAAACAUAUCUAGCAUGUAUCGAGCAGUUUGGUUUGUCGCAUCUUGUCCUGGACUUGACUAGACUCCUUCCGGAUGCUCGGAAGCAGAGAGAGCUGAUUGAUACUUACAAUGCUAAUAUGAAAUACAAUGCUUCAAGAGAGAAUGGUUAUAGUAGUGGUAUUAGCUUGAAAGAUGGUAGUAGUUCUAAGAAAGCUAAAGGCAAAGCUUUAGAUUCUGGAAACUGCAUUUCGAAAAAUAACUUAGCAGAUCACUUUGUUAGCACUGUAAAAGAACUGCAGAGCUACAAGCCUUCAGAAGAAGACGUGGAAGUGUUAUCUAAGGAUGGGUAUCGAGCUCCAAAAGGCAAAUCAAAGGUGGUGGUCAACAAUUCACGAGCUGAAUUGAGUGGAUCAAAUGAAUCUUUAAAGCUGAAAAGCCAGAAUGACUCUUUGUCAGCUGGCGAUGAUUCCAAUCAAAAUUCCGGAAAUGGUAAUGAAAAAGGUAAACAAAGGAAGAAAACCUCGAAGUUUCACCGAAUCCGCCUAGGUAAUAGCUCUGCCGAAGCAUUCUUGGAUCUUAAAAAUUUGGAUCCGGAUUCAGAUUCUGACUCAAAUCAGAAAAAGGCAGCUUCAGAGGAGCUUACUACGGAAGGUUUGCCUGUGCGUGGUGUUUGGCGAAAUGGUGGAGGUCAGAAGCUUAUGGCAGUUACUUCGAAAGGGCCGAAAAUUUGA